AUAAUAAGUUACAAAUGAUGCAGAACAGUAAUAAAAACUCAGGUGAGACACAGUAUGGGCAGAGGAUCUUUUUCACAGGUCCAGAUGGAAUUGGAGACUACAGGCCAAGAUCGAAUUAUUUCCCCCUCUACAUUGGUGUGGGUGCCACUUCUCCAGAGGCCACCAGUGAUCUAAGUUAUUUAUGCCGAGCUGCACCUGACGCUCCCCCACCUGUGCCCAGGCAGAGUUUUGUGGGCGAGGUGGGAUGGGGAUGGCAGUAUAACCAGCUGUUGAAUGGAGACAGGCUGCUCAGCAACAUGCAAAUUAAGAAAACUGACAUUAGGCGAACACUGGAGGAUAGAGUCACUCAGAAGUUUCAGAUGAACCAAAGGAACAUGGAUGACUCAGAAAAAGUCAACACCAAGUUUUCCAAAAACAAUUAGAGCAAACAGCAGAUGGUAUUUCACCUCCCACAGAGAGCCAGGGACCUGAGUUUUAAUGAGAUCCAUCAAAUUUGA